AAGCAGAACCAAACAACUGUCCGUUGCAGAGGCCUGAGACCCAUGAUUUGCCCAUGGCAAAAAGGUAACGCUCGCUACCAGCAGAGGCCUCUCAGCCUGAGGGAAAAAGUAGGGUCCAAGGGUAAUUAUAGGCAUUCAAAGAGUCCCAGACUCCUCUCCCCCACACUCACAGAUCUCUGCCAAAUUAAAACAAUCCAAAUUCACUAAAAGCUCAUUCCUUUGCCUCUUCCACAAUCUGGGAUUGUCAUUCAGUGAGUAAACCAGACCAAGCUUCCUCACUAUACACUCCUCUUCGCACCAUUACCAACAUAGUCUCUGUUCUAUCUCUAUCGCUGAUUUUUUAGGGACAUGGUGGGUGACACAGCUCGCUGUAGGUCUAUAUAGUGCCCCCUAGAUUUGUGUCUUUGUACCUUCUACUCUGUCAACUUCUGCGUUCAAUCUGAGCCAUGAGGAAGCAUGGAUGGCAGCUGCCUUACCAUCCUCUGCAGGUGGUGGCGAUUGCUGUGUUUUUGGCCUUGGGAUUCGCAUUUUAUGUGUUCUUCGCUCCUUUUGUUGGAAAAAAGAUGUAUCAGUACAUUGUUAUGGGCCUCUACACGCCCCUGAUUACUUGCGCCUUUGGACUGUACAUUUGGUGUGCAGCUGCUGAUCCAGCAGAUCCAGGAGUUUUUAAGUCCAAAAAGUAUCUAAAUAUUCCAGAAAGUGGAAAGCUUGCGGGAUUAAAUGGUUCUAAGUUGGGUGGGGGAUCAACUUCGUCAAUGCAUGAUGCAAAUGCUUCAAUAGUUGGAGCCAAGUCUCUGGAUAAGGAAGAGCAAGGUACAGAAUUAAGUUUGAAAGAUGCUGCUAUUUCAACAGUGAAGGGUGCAUCAGCGUCACCUUCAUCCUCUUUCCUGUGUCCUUUUGCUUUAAUCUGCUGCUGUUCUAAACCAAAUGAUGAAUCAACUGACCAACAAAAUAGUGAAGAUGGCAUGUUCUAUUGCAGUUUGUGUGAAGUUGAGGUCUUCAAAUACAGCAAGCACUGUAGAGUCUGUGACAAGUGUGUUGACCGCUUUGAUCACCAUUGCAGAUGGCUUAACAAUUGCGUAGGGAAAAGGAACUACCGACAAUUUUUUACCCUCAUGAUUUCUGCUCUCCUCUUGCUUAUUCUUCAAUGGUCUACUGGGAUGUUUGUGCUUAUCUGCUGUUUUCUAGAGAGAGAGAAAUUUUCAGUGGAUAUCUCUGCCAAGUUGGGAAGCAGUUUCUCUCUGGUGCCUUUCGUUAUUGUGUUGGUUGUUUGCUCAAUUUUGGCUGUCAUUGCUACCUUGCCCCUUGCUCAACUUUUCUUCUUUCAUAUCCUUCUCAUUAGAAAGGGAAUCAGCACUUAUGAUUACGUCAUAGCUCUAAGGGAGCAGGAGCAAGACCUGCAGGGAGUUGGAGGUCAGCAGAGCCCCCAAAUGUCUACUGUCAGCUCACUUACAGGAUUAAGCAGUGCAAGUUCAUUCACUACUUUCCACCGUGGUGCAUGGUGCACGCCCCCACGCAUGUUCCUUGAAGAUCAGUUUGAUGUGGUGCCCCCCGAAACAGGUUCUGUAAGUUCACUAGGAAGGAAGACAUUGAGAGAUGAACCAGUCAAGAAAAAGAAUCCCAGAACUGUGAAAAUCAGUCCAUGGACAUUGGCACGGUUGAAUGCCGAAGAUGUCUCCAAGGCUGCUGCAGAGGCAAGAAAAAAGUCCAAGAUCCUGCAGCCUGUAAUGCAACAGGAAAAAUCUUUCAGGCUAGAACAUGCCAGCAACUUUGGAAGCAGUGGCCGGCGAUUGGUCCCCAGGGUUGACAGUAACAGAAGGAGCAGCAAGCGGGUUCGCCUUCCUGCUGACCUACCUAUGGAGCCUCUGACAAACGAUUCUGCCAUUGAUAUGGAUAAAACUGGUGGAACAUCUAAUUUAGCCCCUCUUCAGCUGGAAGCUCGAAGUGCAUUCCAAGCUAGUAGAGUAAUGUCAAGCUCAGCUGGGAUCAUUACUACUUCGUCUCCUGAAAGCAGUUUAGAUUCCCCCGAUAUCCACCCUUUUCGAGUAUCUUCAUCGGCGGCUGAAGAAGCGAGGCAGCUAGCAGCAGGUCUUUCUGCUGCUGGCACCACGACUCUGAAGGAAAUCCCUCUGUCAAGGUCAACUAGUGACGGGUAUGAAGCUUCUGGCGGGGAAGACAGUGACAGGGUUCCUGCCAGGAUUGUUCAAAGAUCUACGAAUUGGACUAAUCUUCUUUUCAAUCCUGAUCAUGAUGAGAGGUACUCAAAUCUAAAAUCUUCUUCCAGCCUGGUUCAUGGUAGAAAGUUGUGACCAAGUUGAGAGCUUUGCUUCUGACUAUACUGUUGGGAAUUUUUCAUUCUUUGAUUUGUGAGCCAGAGGUACUUUCAGCAUUCGGAAGCUAAAGCUGACCCCAAAAAAUGUGCAGUACGGUUUUGUGAAAGUCAUGCGGUAACUGGUGUACAAAGUCUUAGGUCACGGGAACUGAUGAAGCUAAGCUUCUUGAUAUAUUGCCUCCUUGCGCUAGCUGGCCGUUGUAUUUCAAAAAAUUUCAACAAGCAAUAUCCUGAUUCCUGA